AGACCAAUAGGGUUUGUGGAUUGUGACGCGAAUAGAUUGUGGUAGACGGUCCCAUUUUACCGGAGGGUCAGGCUACGGUAGUAAAAGUGGGUACAAUGUACCAUCGCAAAUGAAAUUCGCCCACCUCAGCAUACUUAGACUUGGCUUCUCUCUGCUUCUCUCUGCUUAUCUUCUGCGCACUCUGAGUGCUCACAGUGCUCACUUGAACAACGGGAGACGACGGGGCAAAAAAUCGCAGUCCCUGAAAUGGACUAUCCUUAGACCCAUGCACUUCCUAAAGGUAGUAGGUAGUGGGCAUCAAGCCACUAUGGCUGUAUCAAGAGUUACAAAACAAGAUUUUCCAUCGAUAGGGCUCAGUUCAGUGCUGACGCGUCAACUUGGUUGGCAGUUUGGUAGAUUAUCAGAUGAAGUUCCCAUACUCAUAUAUGCAGAAGAAGGAGCACCGACCUUUUUACUAUCUAUCCUUUCUUUCCUCAUCGACUCACUGGGCCUUUGAACAUGUCUGGAUACGCUCUUGCAACGAGAGGUGGGUGAUUCCUUUCAAUAAAUCGAUUGUUUGACCUUUCACUUCAUGUAGAGGCCGAAGAAACUCAUGCCUUUGUUGUGUUCGAUGUGCUGCAGUUCACGGCUCUUGCCCUUGUCUCAGCAACAUAUCUUUCGGCGUUGUUCUCAGCGAAACUCCAGCGGCUCAAAACCUGGUUUGCUCUGAUGGUCUCUUCCCUGUUGUAUUGUAUAUCAUUCCUUCUUCUUCUUGGA